AUGGCCUUUUCCGAYUUGGCUGGAUCUAUCGCUGCAAWCGCUCCAAUCCUCAGGUUUUUACAUCACAUGUCUUAUGAAUGGAYGGCAAGUGGUACUUUGGGAAACAUUCUUUGCAAGCUUGGRCCAUUUACGCAGGACGUUUCAAUCASCGUAUCUAUUGUCAGUAUGGUUGCUAUUGGGUUUGAUCGCUUCUUUGCUGUUGUCUUUCCUAUGAGGGAAACUCCACGAGUAUUCGAGACUCGCUUUGUACUUCCUUUGAUCUGGGCUAUCGCYSUUGCAUCAUUUUCCAUCCAUUUGAUCACUUACAAWUUAGUAGUCCUUGCACCAAACGUKUAUAUCUGUCAAGUUGUCUGGCCUGAAAAUUUCGAUCACAAAAAAUCGAGUACCAUCGUUUUUUUGAUAAUUUUCGUCUUUUAUUUUGCCAUACCAUUUGUUWUCAUUGCAAUAAUUUACAUAGCUAUUGCUUACAAAAUGAAGACACAGACUGUCCCAGGACUGCAAACRGAAGAUGUGGAAAGAAAAAGACGUAGAAGGAAUCAUGGGAUUAUAAAGAUGGCAUUUACAAUCGUGAUGUGCUUCUUCGCAUGCUGGGUCCCAUACCACAUUUUAUGGUUGAUUGAGAARUUUGUAUGGAAAGACAAAUUACCAGUUUCCAUUCAACCUUWUUACGGCGUUUUAGUAGAAUCAACUAUUAUUAUUUCCUAUCUAAGCUUUUUCACAAAUCCUCUGGUUUGCAUUAUUUUCAGUAGUAAUUAUCGAAAAUGUCUUAAGAAUACAUUUCCAUUCAGUUUGUGCUGCCUGUCGAAUCGAAUUGGUAUAGUUGACACUGGAUCAAGACCAACAGACGGGACAACAGACAGUCGAACAAGAAAMAACACUAUGAYAAUGGCAGUCAUUGAGUGA